AGAGCGCUAUGGAAUGAUUUGUGGCCUCUUUGGCCUUCCACAUCACAGGCGCGGUGUUUAGGACAUGAACAGACGGAUCUUCUCGGUGUUUAUUUCUGGUUGUAAAGAGCGAGUGGAAGCUGUUGGAAGUGAACACCUUCAGGGCAAACACCAGGAGUCGGAAUCUGGACUAUAUCUGCUCUCCUCACCUUCCUCCUGAAAUUGGGGUGAUAAGGAGGAGCUCGCGCUCCAACAUGCUUGACGUAAGCUCUGACCUCAGAGAGAUGAAAGCCGGAGCAGAUGAAGCUCCUGCUGUUCCUCCCAGACCCAGUGAGGAGGAGCUCAGAAACACCAUCACGCACCGCCUGCGAGGCGACUCGACCCACACGGAUCAUCACCAGGACUCCAGAGAGGAUGCCAUAAAGAAGAAGAAGGAGGAGGAGGAGAAGAUGAAGAGUAAAAAGGAAGACCAGGUAGUGAGUGACGAGUGUGUGAGCCAAGAUGGUGCUGUGGUCCAGAAAGAGAAAGCACUGACAAAGAAAAAGAAGGUAAAGAAGAAGAAGAACCCCUUCAUGCCCAACAUCACAGCAAUGAGUAAACUGAUUGAGAAGAGGAGUGGAGAAGGUGGAGAAGAUGGAGAAGGUGGCACAGCCGUAACCGAGAAGAAAACCCUGGUGGAGCAGCUGAACGAGUUUCAUCUGGCUCGAGUUCAUUGCCAGGACGAGGAGGACCUGGACAGCCUGAUGGAGUGGUGGAGCUCGGUUAAACAGUGGGAGCCGAUGUCCAAAGAUGAAGAUAUGACUGAAAAAGAAGAGGCAAAGGCGUUUGCGCUAACAGCCGAGAAGGUGCAGCGAGGCAUCCGGGUGUUUCAUCAGCUGUUUUCCGAGAGAGCAGAGACUCUCUGGCAGCACAUCAUCGACCUGAACCUCAUCGCCGACAGUCUGGAUCGCUUCAACAAGAGGACCAAAGUGGUCCAGAUCACGGGCGGCUCCACCAGUGCCGUCGGGGGCGUGGCCACUAUAGCGGGCCUUGCCCUGGCACCUGUUACCAUGGGAACGUCCCUGAUCGUCACGGCAGUGGGCCUGGGCGUGGCCGCGGCAGGCGGUUUAGCUUCGGCCUCGGCCGGGAUCUCCAACAGCAUUCACGGCACGUUGGACCGCAGGAAGGUCGAGGGCAUCGUGAAAGACUUCCAGAGCAAGAUGGCCGACAUCGACAAAUGCACGAGAUUCAUCAAACUUGGUGUCGAGAACCUGCGAGAGUUCCGUGGCCCCAAGGUGAAAAAGCUAAAGGUGUACGAUGGCGACCUCUGUGGGACCAGUAAUAUCUAUGAGGACGGCGUCAUGGCGGGGAAAGCGGUUCUCAUCAGCGCCAAUGAAAUCACCAGGUUCACCGAGGCCACCAUGGUAACGGGUAGGACGGCAGCCAGAGCGGUGCAGGUUGCUGCCAUGGCGACGGGAAUCCUUACAGGCCUCUUUGUUGCCAUGGACCUUUAUUUUGUGGCGAAGGAUUCUCACGAACUCAGGAAAGGAGCCAAGUCGGAAUUAGCCAGAAAGAUCCGCGAGGUGGUGGAGCAGCUGCACGAAGGACUGGUGGAGCUCAAUAUCAUCCGAGAGGAGCUGAAGUGUUCACAAAGCUCCGCCUUCUCCGUCACCUCCAUCUCUAACCCCAUGCCCUCCAUUUCUACCUCCGCCUCGACUCACCACACCUCCACAACCUCCUGUUCCUUUAACUCUGGCAUCUCAACCUCCUCUAACACCUUAACCUCCACCUCCAUUUCAUCUUCUCUUUCACAGAAAGCUGAAGCACACACAGAACCUUAAGCUUUCAAACAAACCAUAUGUUCUCCUCUUCAAAUCUCCAAAUGAUACAACUUCCGUUCCUCUGUGUUCUUAUCCAUAUCCUUCUCUGUGACCUUCUCCACCUUCUCCUUCAUCUCUAACUUCUCCACCUUCACAUCUACUUCUAUUACUUCUGCCUCGAGACUCUACAGCUUCUUUACCUUCAGUUAUACAAUACCUCUGGCAACUUCUCCACCUCCACUUUCACCUCCACCUUGUACACGUUCAUCUCCACCUUCUCAUCCACCUCCUGCAUCUUCACCACUGGUAACAGAAAGAUAAACAAACCUAGUACACGCCUGCCUUGCACACUUUAACUCCACCUCCUCCAUCACUGGUUUCAUCUCCACCCUCUGAAGCUUCUCAACACAGCUUCCUCUUUCUCCACCUUGCUUUCUCUAGUGCCAAGAUCUUCUACACCAUUGGUCCCCAACCCCCAGGCCAUAGACCGGCCCCGGUCCGUGGGUCAGUUGGUAUCGGGUCGCACAGAAAGAAUACAUAACUUACAUUAUUACUGUUUUAUUUAUGAUCUGAUUCUGAACAAUGUUUUAUUGUGGAAAAUGGCUGGAUUUUCUCCUCCACAUCUGUCUAUCACUCACUCUUGAUGCA